AAGACUGAGAUGAGCUGUAUGUGCUCCAGCACCUGCUGGUUGUAGCUGGUACUGCACCUGGAGGACAUGGCAGUCGGUCAGGUGACGUUCACAAAGGCGGACAGAGAGAAACUGGCUGAGCUCCUCUGGCUCCUCAACUGGAUCUCCGUGCUCACCGGAGCGAUGCUCUUUGCUCUGGGCGUUUUCCUCAAGAUUGAGAUCCAGAAGUGGCAGGAAGUGAUGUCAGACCAGGAAAUCCUCCACGUGCCCCACAUGCUAAUGACCACGGGCGUGGCCGCCUGUGGCAUCAACUUCCUGGGCGGUAAGAUCUGCCUGGACUGUGCCGACACCAACAAGUUCCUGCGCUGGAAGCUGGUGAUGAUACCGUAUGUGGUCUGCACCUUCUUCUUCACCUUCUGCAUCUUGGUGGGGGCGCUCAUGUGCUACAGUGUUAGCACUCAGCUGGAAGAGUCUCUAUUCUUGGGCCUGAGGAACGCCAUGCGCUUCUACAAGGACACUGACACGCCGGGACGCUGCUUCCUAAAGACCAGCCUGGAUCUGCUGCAGAUCCACUUCCACUGCUGUGGGAACUCUGGCCACCAAGACUGGUUCAAGGUCCAGUGGGUCAGCAACCGCUACCUGGACCUGAGCAGCAGUGCUGUGCUGGACCGACUCAGGAGUAACGUGGGCGGUCACUUCCUGAUGGACAGCGUUCCAUUUAGCUGCUGCAGCACCUUCUCACCGCGUCCCUGCAUUCAGCAGCAGGUCAGCAACAGCUCCGCCCACUUUCACUAUGACAAGAGGAGUCAGCUGAUGAACCUGUGGGGGCGGGGCUGUCGCCAGGCGCUGCUUGACCACUACACUGCCAUCAUGACGUCCAUUGGUGUCACAGUGCUACUCAUCUGGCUAUUUGAGCUGCUGGUUCUGACGGGCAUCCGGUACCUGCAGACGGCCAUGGAGAACGUUCUGCGCCUGGGAGACGAACACCUGGAGUCACACGGCUGGAUUCUGGAGAAGAGUUUUGCAGAAACUGCUCGUUUGAACUUGAACAUUAUGAAGAAUCUGGGGAAAUGUUACCAGACUGAAGAACGACAACAAGACCACAACAUCAACACACAUGGGGCGGGGUCUGUUACCAGGCAACACUGAUGAUGUAAAUGUGCUUGUUAAAGAUCAGCAGUAUGUGAACGUGUUAAGGAGAGAAGCGCCGCCCAUCUGACCCGGGAGUCAGCGUCUAUGCGUGUGUUCGUGCAUGUGUGUGUGUGUGUGCAAGUGUGUGUGUGCACGUGUGUGUUACAUCA